CCCUAAAGUAACGUCAUGGAGCUAGCGCUAGUUCUUGAUUACCGAGGGAUUGCGGUCCGCGGAGCUUGAUCAAGGAUCGGAAGGCUAAUUAAGCUCAAUCGCGGCCAGGACUUGAGAGCGCUUGCUUGAGUUUAACUUUAUCGAGCAGGCUGCUGAGGACCCCCUGAGGACUUCAAGCAGCACAUUUUUUGCGCCCGUCAUUGGGACUUGUAACAUUGUGAAAGCUUAAGCAGUCUGCUGCGCGCCGUCUGUAAACCUCUCUGCUUACCGCGCCUUGCUGCCAUUCAGGCUGCGCUCAAAAAUGGCUCCCCUGCCAGCAGUUAUGCUGUCGCGCUUCUUGCUGCUGCUGGCCCUCACUGCCCUCUCAUCUCUGAAACCGACCCUGGGAGUGCGUCUCUCAUCCAACAUCUGCGCAACCAAUAACUAUGAGUAUAAGAUCAGCCUGCUGCCUGCUUCGGGUUGGUAUUACAGGGGCUCAGGCAACGAUGACUUCUGCAACGCAAACCCCCUGCUCAAGCAGUACCUGUGCAACGUGGCCGCUUCUCCUUAUUGCACUGACGAGACCAUAGCUCAAACCUGCGCAACCGCCACCAAUCCCAGCGCUUGUAAUGCAGCCUCCCGCGUGUUCAGCGUCAUCAUCGACAGCGAUUGCGACUUUGUGGUGUUUUGCGAGUAUCGCUCGAGCCUCACCACGGUCGCAACUCCCUCGCCACCUGCCCCUGUCACCCCGGUUCCCCCUACUCCAGUAACAACUCCCAGUCCUCCUUCUCCGGUCACCUCCAACCCGCCAACGUCCCCUUCAGGAGUAACGACACCUCCCAGCCCACCAGCUCCGACUUCUCCAUCACCAAAUGUUACCAAUGGCUCCAGCGGUGGAUCCAGCAUUGGUAUUAUUGUAGGGUGCGUGGUUGGUGCUAUAGUUGUUAUUGCUGCAGUCAUCAGCAUUGCCCUCUGCUGCUUCUUCAAAAGCAGGAGGCAGCAGAAAGGAGCUGGCAGCAACCUCCCAACCCAUCAUGACGCAUACAAGGAUGCUGCGGCGCCGUACUACCCUGCAGCUCCAACCAAACUGCCUGGAUACGCUAAUCCUCAGGCUGGAGCGCUCCCACCAACAUCAGGUGAAAGCGGUUUGUCCUUUGCAACCCCUGCCGGAGAUGGCACAAGCAAGGUCUACCCUUAUGAGGAGUUGCUCCACUCAACGAACGGGUUCAGUGUCUCCAACCUGCUCGGCCAAGGAGGCUUCUCAAAGGUUUACAGAGGGAUGCAAGCGGAUGGCACGGCCAUUGCGGUGAAGGUCCUGCAAUCUGACCCUGUAAAUGGGCCCAACAACGAGAGCUUCUACUCCGAGAUGGCUAUCAUGAGCCGUUUGCGUCACAAGUACCUGGUGUCCAUGCUUGGAUACGCGGCUGCAGGCACAGAACGGAUCAUUGUGCUCGAGUUCUGCAAGGGGGGCACUCUGUUCCAAGCGCUCCAUGGCCCUGACAGGCUGGACUGGAACAAGCGCCUCCGCACAGCGCUCUACGUUACGAUUGGCUUGGAGUAUCUGCACGACGGCGUAGAACCGCCUAUUCUGCAUAGGGACAUCAAGAGCGCGAACGUCCUCUUUGCUGAUGAGAACAGACUUGCUGCCAAGCUGAGCGACUUUGGCGUGGCCAGGUUCGAGGAUGGCCCGGGCGCCGUAUCAGCUCGGACUCGCGUCUUGGGAACCCGAGGCUAUGUCGCGCUUGAAUACCUUCAGUCUGGACAGGUUAGCAAGUACACCGACAUCUACAGCCUUGGCGUGCUUCUGUCCGAGCUGGUUACUGGCCGUCCGUGCACCUUCCAAAUGGGGAAUGAUCAAGUUGCCCUGCGUGACUGGGUCGUUGAAAACAGGAACCAGCCCUUGACUCUAAUGGAUCCUGCGCUAGGGGGUAACUUCCAUCCUCAGCAGGCCAUCGGACUCAUUCAGCUGGCCGUUGAGUGCAUGAACCAGAACGAACCCAAGGCUCGUCCUCUGGCUGCCCAAGUCCACCAGCGCAUCGAGCAGUUGAUCGGCAUCACGGCCGGAUCGCCGCCGUCCGCAGAACAGGUCUUCGUCCCCCCUAGCGGCGGCCUCGAGAACAACUACAGACCCGCCGUCGUGACAAAUUCGCUGACGGGCUCGGAGGGGUCCUAUGGCGCCCCUUCCAUUUCGGGAGGCUCCAGUAUUGUCGGCGAUGCCAUGAAUGGGUUUCGGAGCGGCGGGCCGGAGCCCCCGAAGAACAUGACGAUGUUGCAGAAUUUCACCAACAUCCAAACGGGACGUUAAUCAUGUCGGGCGCGGGACGCGUUUGGGCCCCGCCGGGUGGUAGCCAGUCAGCCGAAGUUCGCGCAGCCUGAGUGCUUCGAAACUGAAUCGAACGCGGACACAUACUACGUCUUAUGGUGUUUGAGGUCCUAGACGAGUGUUCUUAACGGGCUUUGUUUCAGGUUGAAGACGUGCCCAACUUGUCUGGCGGAACAUUUGUGGUCAGAAAGUGAUCGAGUAAAGCCAGCUUGAAAGCCGUAGUUGUGAGCUAUGUUCACGUUGAUCAGAAAAUGCAAGUGGUAAAGAUCUGACGGUUGAAACGACAAGACGGGAUUGGAUAGGAUUGGUAGAAUAUGCUUCCAAGAAAAGUUGGUGUCUGUACAGCUAGUUGUCGUUUAAGAGUAGGAGUUGCUGGUGUCUGCAAGCCGACUUUGCUUUCCACGAAGACCCGAAUACCCGGCCUGGAACCAUGUAGAAUCUUCUUUUGGCAGCCAUCAAAUUGCCGAUGUGGCAUCCGCACUUAUAUUCAUACUAAAUUACCUUGGACACAUGCAGUGCAGACACAUCCAUGCUGGCCACGAGUAGGUUUGCGGUUGCGUUGCUCUUGAAGCAACUUGACUGGCUGUAAUUCAGGCGUCCCUGGCUGUAGUACCGUCCCAGCGCAGACACAGUUGGCCUCAGGCGCAAACACCAGAACAAGUUG